GUGCAAUUAGUCUUUUUCUCUUUUAUUUCUCUUGUGAUCUCCGAAGUUCGAACUACAUGCUUUGUAAACUCCGCUAUCAUACGCCUGUGCUAACAAUAAAUUCAAACCCGAGCGCUCUCCUCACAUCCUUCCGUUAUCCUGCGCACCUUCUUCUCCACUCCAAAUUCCCAAUGUCUUCUUCUUCCCUUCUAAUUCCAUCACCCCUCUCCUACCGUACAAAAAGAUCUUUUUCUUCUUUCAAUGCAGCAGCAUCAGAUUCUUUCAAUCUCCAUUUCAAACCAUCCCGGAAUGGAAUCCGGACCUUGUUCCGCAAGAAUCUCGACAGAUCGAGGGUUUUCAUGAGCAUCUCCGUCGGAGCUCGUGCCCUAGAAAACGACGCCUUGUUUGCCGAUUACAAGCCGACAUGCGCUUUCUUGUUUCCUGGUCAGGGUGCACAAGCUGUGGGAAUGGGUAAGGAUGCUCAGAAUAUUCAAGCUGCUGCUGCCGUAUUCCAAAAGGCGAAUGAAAUACUUGGUUUUGAUCUUUUGGAUGUGUGCACCAACGGACCAAAAGAAAAGUUGGAUUCAACAGUUAUAAGUCAGCCAGCUAUCUAUGUCACAAGUCUAGCUGCUGUUGAGGUACUUCGUGCUCGUGAUGGAGGUCAGCAGAUAAUUGAUUCUGUAGAUGUCACAUGUGGUCUUAGCUUGGGAGAAUAUACUGCUCUUGCAUUUGCUGGUGCUUUCAGCUUCGAGGAUGGACUCAGGCUGGUCAAGCUCAGAGGAGAAGCCAUGCAGGAAGCUGCAGAUGCUGCCAACAGUGCUAUGGUUAGUGUAAUAGGACUAGAUUCAGAAAAGGUCCAGCUACUAUGUGAUGCAGCUAAUGAAGAAGUAGAUGAGAAAAAUAAAGUUCAGAUUGCAAACUUCCUUUGUCCAGGUAACUAUGCUGUUUCUGGAGGUGUGAAAGGUGUGGAAGCAGUAGAAGCUAAGGCAAAGUCAUUUAAGGCUCGAAUGACGGUACGCCUUGCUGUUGCCGGUGCAUUCCAUACCAGCUUCAUGGAACCAGCUGUUUCGAGAUUGGAAGCUGCCUUAGCUGCAACAGAAAUCAGAACCCCAAGAAUACCUGUCAUAUCCAAUGUGGAUGCACAGCCACAUGCAGAUCCUGACACGAUUAAGAAGAUACUGGCACGCCAGGUGACAUCCCCUGUUCAAUGGGAAACAACAGUGAAGACUCUCUUAGGGAAAGGGCUCACAAAAAGCUACGAGUUGGGACCUGGAAAGGUUAUAGCUGGAAUCGUGAAGAGGAUCAACAAGGGUGCCGACAUUGAGAACAUCGGUGCUUGAAGGAUUUUAGAAGUCAGCCUUUCAACAAAGAUUUUGUAGACUCCUCCAUGGGACCUGUGAUUUCACUGCCAUAGCCUAGCAUAAUACUGACACGUCCAUCGGAUUUCGAGUUCGACUCCCAGCUUGCACAAACCAGGAAGGAAUUUACAAUAAGUGUUGUGCUUGAGCUAGAGACAUGAGGAGAUGUCAUUCCUCGGCACAGCCGUUGAUUCCAUCCAUCAGAUAGAUGUAUUGUAUUUGUAUUGCCAUUAUUUUUACCUUCUGUCAGAUAUUGGUACCAUAUUCCAAUAUGGAUGUAGUUGGAAGGAUAUUAUUUAAUGAUCUUGGCCAUGCUAUUUUGGGUU